AUGAGUGAAGUAUUUGAGACAUCAGUGAAUGGAUUAAGUGGCUCAAAGAGUGGUCGCAAGAGUGGUCACAACCAUUCGUGCGGCUCUGAUAUGAAGCAAGAGUUGAGUGCUUUUCAGCUGAAAGACGAGGGAAACAAAUACUAUCUGAACCACAAGUAUGAAGAGGCCAUCAAUAGCUACACGCGAGCCAUAGUGCGCAACCCAUCUGUUCCCACAUUCUUCACCAACAGAGCGCUGUGUUAUCUAAAGCUUCAGCAGUGGGAACAGUCGUAUCAGGACUGCCGGCGAGCCCUCGAAAUGGAGCCAAACCUAAUCAAAGGCCACUUCUUCUUAGGCCAGUCUCUGCUAGAAAUGGAUCACUUCGACGACGCCAUCAAACACUUGCAAAGAGCACUGGAUUUGGCAAAAGAGCAGAAACUGAAUUUUGGUGACGAAAUCACUUAUCAGUUAAGAGUCGCGCGAAGGAAACGGUUUAAUGUGUGCGAAGAGAAGCGCAUCAAAGAGGAGAUCGAACUCCAGACAUAUCUCAAUACUUUGAUCCAAUUGGACAAAGAGAAACAGUUAGAGAAAGUCAAGGAUGAAAUGCAAACCAAUGCCAUCACUGAUGAACAGACCGCACAGGAUCUCAAGCGGAUGAUCGUCACGACAACCGAUCAAAGGACUGAUGACUUGAAUGCUAUGUUUUCAAGUUUAGACACCAGAAGACAGAAACGUGAAGUUCCCGACUAUUUGUGCGGAAAAAUCAGUUUUGAGAUAAUGCGCGAUCCGGUGGUCACUCCGAGUGGCAUCACAUAUGACCGCAAAGACAUCGAAGAACACCUGCAACGGGUCGGUCACUUCGAUCCGGUCACUCGAACGCCACUCACCGCCGAUCAGUUGAUCCCGAAUCUGGCGAUGAAAGAAGUGAUCGACACCUUCUUAAUGGAGAACGAAUGGGCCAAUGAUUACUGAUUAGACAUUGAACGCUAAUUUAUGUUUUAAUGGCAAUUUGGUUGGACUGAAGGGUGCCUUUCAUUGCUUUUCAUUUGUUUUCAUUCAAUGGUUUCGAAAACAUUUGGUUUUCAAUCAUUCAAAUCAUUUGCUCCUAUUUUGGCCAUCGCUUGGAAACCAAGUGUGUGUCAGACAAUUGGAUUACUUGUUAAGUGAUUUAUUAUUCAUUUCCUUAAAUCUACUGUAAUACUGAAUAAUGAUUUUACUUAAAAAACGACUGCAAUUAUUUGAAAUAUUAACCAAGAAAUUUAAAUUUUUAUUUCAUUCUUAAAGUUUAAAAUUCAUUACAAAUAAGUUGUUGAAACUCAUGAUCAGAUAAAGUAGGUUUUACAUCAAAAUAAUUGAAUACAAUGUCAGCGAAUGAGCAAAGGAUUAACAGGUCUUGAGGGUUAAAACAUGGAUUAAUGGAUGACAUAAUUCACAUCUAAAUAAUAGAAACACAAAUCAAAACCAUUUGCAAAACACAUUUGAAAAUAUAAAAAUCCAAACCUUAUUAGUAUAGGCAUCGAGUUCUGCGUCCAGUUCUUCAGCCGUCGGCAC